AUGCCUCAAAAAAAAACCAAAGACGAAAAUAUAUUAAUAAUCGAUAGUAAAACUAUGUUUCUUAAACGUGCACUUGAAAAAUUAUUAAGCGAAAAAGAUAUUAAAAAAUCUCAAUAUCAACAAUUAAAACGAGCUUGUGAAACAGCAUUAACAUCAAUUACAAAAGAUAUUCAAACAUCUCGAAUAAGUGAAUCAUCUAUUUUACCAUCAACAGAUCAACAAUCAAUUAAUGCUGAAAAAUAUUUUCUUCCAUUUGAAUUAGCUUGUACAUCAAAUCAUCCUCGAAUGGUUGAUACGUCACUUGAUUGUCUUCAAAAACUUCUUUUACAUGGACAUUUACUCGGCAGUAUUGCUGAUCCAAUUGAUCCAUCAAAAUUAUUAAUUGAUCGAAUUGUAUCAACAAUAUGUAUGUGUUUUCGUGGUGUACAAACAGAAGAACAAGUUGAAUUACAAAUAAUUAAAGCACUUUUAACUAUAAUGACAUCUCAAGUAAUUGAAAUUCAUCAACGUAGUGUUUUACAAAUUAUUAAAACAUGUUUUAAUAUUUAUUUAACAAGUCGUUCAAAAAUUAAUGAAGCAACAGCACAAGGAUCUUUAUCACAAAUGUUAAAUGGAAUAUUUUCAAAAAUGGAACAAAAAAUGGUUUUCUUAAAUGAACGACGAAAACAAUAUCAAGAAGACUCAACAAUUAUAACAUCGAAUAAUAUUGAUCAAGAAAAUGUAUCAACAAUUGUCAAUGAAAUUCUUGAUGAAUUAGUAGAAAGAAUAUGUUAUGAUGAAGCAACACAAAAAACAAAAGAUACUACUUUAUCGACAAAUGAAAUUAUUGAAGAUACACAAGCAACACAAGAAGAAUUUCAUAAUGGAAGAUCAAGAAAUGGUUUAGAUUCUCAAUCAACUAGUGAUCCAUCAUCUACAAAGAGCACAAUGUCAAAUUCAUUAUCAGCUGAUGAAUUAUCAGCUGAUAAUUCUUUUAAAAAUGCUUAUUAUGUCUUUCGUGCAUUAUGUAAAUUAUCUGAUCGAGAUAUAAAAGAUAAAACAAAUACUGAUCCAAAAACUAAUUUGGAUUUAAAAUCUCGAAUAUUUUCAUUACGUUUAAUAAUGCAAAUUCUUCAAACAUCAGGUCCAAUAUUUCGUUCAUCAGAAGAUUUUCUUUAUAUUAUUAAAACAUAUUUAUGUGUAUCAUUAUCACGUAAUGGUGUUUCAUCAAUACCUGAAUUAUUUGAAAUGGCUUUAUUUAAUUUUGUUGAAUUACUUGAUAAAUUUAAAUCAUAUUUAAAAAUACAAAUUGAAGUAUUAUUUCGUGAAAUAUUUUUAACUAUACUUGAAACAUCAACUAGUUCAUUCCGUCAUAAAUGGCUUGUUAUUCAAACAUUAGCUAAAAUUUCUGCAGAUGCUCAAAUUAUUGUUGAUUUAUUUAUUAAUUAUGAUUGUUCAAUGCGUUCAGCUAAUAUAUUUGAACGUCUUGUUAUUGUUCUAUCACGUGCUGCACAAGGACGACAAGCAGAUGAACUUGGUUGUAGUCCAACAGAAGAACAUAAUUUAAGAAUGAAAGGUCUUGAAUGUCUUGUAUCAAUUUUAAAAUGUAUGGUUGAAUGGAGUAAUAAUUUAUAUGUUAAUCCACAUCUACAAAGCAAUUUAGGACCUGAUUCAAAACCAUUACAUGACAAUAAUUAUGAUCAAGAUAGUGGUCGAUCAUCAUCAGGUUAUGUUGGUAAUGGUAUACGUCGUACAGAUUCUAGUGGUUCAAUAAAUUCUUAUCAUUCGAAUAGUGGUCUUUCAUCAGAAUCAUCAAAAAAUGUAAUCGAUUUUGAAUUAGUUCGUCAACGAAAAGAAUUAUUUGAAAAAGGCAUCGAUUUAUUUAAUCAAAAUUCUAAAAAAGGUUUAUCAUAUUUAUAUGAAAAAAAUCUUCUUAAUAAUGAACCCGAAGAUAUAGCACAAUUUUUUCAUUCAUAUCAAGAUAUAUUAGAUAAAACUAUUAUUGGAGAUUGUUUGGGAAAUGAAGAUAAUCAUUUCAAACAAAUCAUGUAUGCAUAUGUUGAUCAACUUGAUUUUACAAAUAUGGAAUUCUUAGCUGCAUUAAGAAAAUUUCUUUCUGGAUUUCGUUUACCAGGUGAAGCACAAAAAAUUGAUAGAUUAAUGGAAAAAUUUGCAGCAAGAUUUUGUGAAUGUAAUUCACACUUGGAAAUUUUCGCCAGUGCUGAUACAGCUUAUGUUCUUGCUUAUUCUGUAAUAAUGUUGACAACAGAUUUACACAGUAAAAAUGUUAAGAAAAAAAUGACUAAAGAACAAUAUAUAAAAAUGAAUCGUGGUAUAAAUGAAAGUCGUGAUUUACCAGAAGAAUUUCUUUCAAAAAUCUAUGAUGAAAUUGAAAAUGAAGAAAUUAAACUUAAAGUAACAACAUUAAGACGUGGAGCAAAUACUGUUGGAGCAACUGGAACUAAAGAAAAUAUAACCAGUGAUAAACAACGCGAACUUUUAUUUCAUAUGCAAAUGAAAGAUAUUGAAUGUGUUGCACGUGAUUUAAUGUCAAAUGCUGGAUCAAGUACUGAAGAAUUUACUAUUGCAAAACAUCUUGAACAUGUUCGACCAAUGUUUCAAAAAGCUUGGUCACCAUGUUUAGCUGCAUUUAGUGUUGGUUUACAAGAUAGUGAUCAUAUUGAUUUAGCUCAUCUAUGUUUAACUGGUAUUAGUUAUUCUAUUCGUAUUGCUUGUAUAUUUCAUAUGGAGCUUGAACGUAAUGCAUUUAUUCAAGCAUUAUCACGUUUUACAUUAUUAAUGACAACAUCACAAGUUAUUGAAAUAAAAGCAAAAAAUGUUGAAUGUUUGAAAAUAUUAAUAUCAGUUGCACAAACUGAUGGAAAUUAUCUUGGUGAUGCUUGGUAUGAUAUUUUAAAAUGUAUAAGUCAAUUAGAAUUAGCACAAUUAUUUGGCAUAAAUGCUAAUAAAGCAAGAUUAAAUAUAACAAAUCAUCAAUAUCAAAAUUUAACAUCAACUAGUUCAUCACAUACAUUUAGUUUACCAUUUGAUAAUCUUUUUUAUUCAGAAAAAGGUCAAUUAUCUAAACGUAUGCAAUCAAUACAAGAUCAAAUACAUGAAACAAGUUCUCAAAAUAUAGUCGUUUCAGUUGAUCGUAUUUUUUCUGGUUCAGCACGACUUGAUGGUGAUGCUAUUGUGGCAUUUGUUCGUAGUUUAUGUCAUGUAUCAAUGGAUGAAUUAAAUUCAAAUUUACCACGAAUGUUUAGUUUAUUAAAAUUAGUUGAAAUUUCAUAUUAUAAUAUGGGUCGUAUUCGUCUUCAAUGGUCAAGAAUAUGGGAAAUUAUUGGUGAUCAUUUUAAUAAAGUUGCAUGUAAUUCAUUACAAGAUGUUGCAUUUUUUGCAGUUGAUUCUUUAAGACAAUUAUCAAUGAAAUUUCUUGAAAAAGGCGAAUUUCCAAAUUUUCGUUUUCAAAAAGAAUUUCUUAAACCAUUUGAAGUGAUUAUGAAAAAAAAUUCAUCAUCAACUAUACGUGAUAUGGUUGUACGUUGUGUAACACAUUUUGUUGAUUCUCAAGCAAAAAAUAUUCGAUCUGGUUGGAAAAAUAUUUUUAGUGUCUUUCAAAUGGCUGCUGCUGAUACAGAUGCACAAAUUGUUGAAUUAGCAUUUCAAACAUGUACACAUAUUAUUGGUGUUGUAUUUGAUAGACAAUUUGCAUCUGUACUUGAUAGUUUUCAAGAUGCUGUUAAAUGUUUAUCAGAAUUUGCAUGUAAUGCAUCAUUUCCUGAUACAUCAAUGGAAGCAAUAAGAUUAAUUCGACAAUGUGCUAAAUAUGUUGCAGAAAAACCACAAAUUUUUCGUGAUCAUGCUGGAGAAGAUUUAAUUAAUGUACCAGAAGAAGAUCGAGUUUGGGUGAAAGGAUGGUUUCCAGUUUUAUUUGAAUUAUCAUGCAUUAUUAAUCGAUGUAAACUUGAUGUGAGAACAAGAGCAUUAACUGUUAUGUUUGAAAUAAUGAAAAAUUAUGGUGAAACAUAUCGUCAAAAUUGGUGGAUAGAAUUAUUCAAUGUUGUUUUUCGUAUUUUUGAUAAUAUGAAAUUACCUGAUACACAAAUUGAAAAAAUUGAAUGGAUGACAACAACAUGUAAUCAUGCUUUAUAUGCAAUUGUUGAUGUAUUUACACAAUUUUAUAAUGAAAUACCUGAAACACUUGUUGAUAAUCUUUAUUGUCAAUUAAAAUGGUGCGUUAAUCAAGAUAAUGAAAUAUUAGCAAAAUCUGGAACAAAUUGUUUGGAAAAUUUUGUUAUAGCUUGUGGACAACGUUUUACACCACAUGUAUGGGAAAGAACAUGUGCUUGUAUAUUAGAAAUAUUUCGCUCAACACUUCCUGAAACUCUAAUGACAUGGCGACCUGAUAUUGAAUCCAGUGGAAUUUCUACGCACAAUGAAACAACUUUACUCGAUCGUACAGAUAGUUCAUUUGAUUAUGCAGCUGUUGAAUCAGCAUCAAGUCAACAUAAUCGUAUGGUACUCGCUGGUACUACCAUUAAUGUAAAUAGCAGUACAUCGGAUCAACAAGAAUCAAUUUUAAGUAAUCGUCUAUCACCUACAAAUAGUAUUGAACGAUCAUUAAAAACUCAAUCAGAUUUUCAUCUUUUUCAAAUUUUAACAAUCAAAUGUAUUGUACAAUUAGAACUUAUACAAACAAUUGAUCAUAUUGUUUUUUAUCCAUCAACAAGUAAAAAAGAAGAUUUACAAAAUAUUGCUAUUGCACAAGCAUUAGCAAAUGUUUCAUCAGGUCAACAAAAUUUAGCAUAUUUUACUCAUUUGGAUGAUACACGUGAUGAUUAUGGAAUGUAUAAUAAUAUGAAUUUAGAUCAAUUACUUCUACUUAUUGAUUGUCUUAUUGAAUCACAUAUGUUUGCUCGAGCAUUUAAUUCAAAUCAUGAACAAAGAAAUCUUUUAUGGAAAGCUGGAUAUCGAGGAAAAGCAAAACCAAAUUUAUUAACACAAGAAACUCAUAGUAUUGCAUGUGCAUUUCGAAUUCUUUUUCGAUUAUAUACUGAUUCAAAAAGAAAUGAUUCAAUGGAUAUACUUAAAAGACGAAUUCUCAAAUUGGCUCAUAGUAGUUUGGAAUAUUAUGUAACAUUACAAUCUGAAAGUCAUCGUGAUGCAUGGACAAGUGUACUCAUAUUAAUAUUUACUAAAUUUCUCAAACUUAAUGACGAUCGAUUCAAAUAUUUUUCAGGGGAUAUAUACUCAAUUGUAGCUGAAAUAGUUGUAUUUGAUUUAAAACCUGAAUUACGGUAUAUAUUACGAGAAUUUUUACUUCGUGUUGGUCGUGUAUUUAAUGUGAACAGCGAAUAA